CACGCCACGCCCUUGCCGCCGGCGGGUCAUGUGACUGACCAAGAUGGCGGCGCUCAGGGCGGCGGUGCCGGUGCUGGCGCUGCUCGGGCUGGGCCUGGGCCCCGCGGCCGCCGCCACGCCGCUGGUGAUCUGGCACGGCAUGGGAGACAGCUGCUGCAAUCCGGUGAGCAUGGGCUACAUCCAGAAACUGGUGGAGAAAAAAAUCCCGGGGAUUUUCGUCCUGUCUCUCAAGAUCGGCAGCAACCUGAUCCAGGACAUGGAGAACAGCUUCUUCAUGAAUGUCAACGAGCAGGUGAGCGAGGUGUGCAGGCAGCUGGCCACAGAGCCCCGGCUCCAGGGGGGCUACAACGCCAUGGGCUUCUCCCAGGGAGGCCAGUUCCUGAGGGCUGUGGCCCAGAGGUGCCCUGCUCCUCCCAUGCUCAGCCUCAUCUCCAUCGGGGGACAGCACCAAGGGGUGUACGGCUUCCCGCGCUGCCCCGGGGAGAGCUCCCACCUCUGCGACUGGAUCCGCAGGACGCUGGACCUGGGAGCCUACAGCAAAGCAGUGCAGGAGCACUUGGUCCAGGCAGAGUAUUGGCACGACCCGCUGAAGGAGGAGGAGUACAGGAAGAGCAGCAUUUUCCUGGCUGACAUCAACCAGGAGAGGGGCAUCAACGAGACCUACAAGAAAAACCUGAUGGCUCUGAAGAAGUUUGUGAUGGUGAAAUUCCUCAACGAUACCAUGGUGGACCCUCCAAUCUCUGAGUGGUUUGGGUUUUACAAAAGCGGCCAAGCCAAGGAGACCAUCCCACUGCAGGAGACCUUGCUGUACAAAGAGGAUCGCCUGGGGCUGCAGGAGAUGGACAAGGCAGGGAAGUUGGUGUUCCUGGGGGUGCAGGGGGAUCACCUGCACUUCUCAGAAGAGUGGUUUGACAGCUCCAUCCUCCCCUUCCUCCACUGAAGCCCCCCUGGGAGUCCUGGGCAGGGAUUUUCACUGGAACUAACACCAGCCAUUGUGCACAGCCCUCGUGCAGGCAGGGAUUUGGGGAGGGGAACAAGGGGGGGUUUAGCUCAGGGGGGUUUAGCUCAGAGGGGUUUAGCUCAGGGGCGUUUGCCAGGGUGGAACUGCACUCCCAGCUGGGCUGAGCCUUGCCCUGACUCUGACACAGGGCCUGGUGAAUCCAGCCCAGCUCCCAGAGCUGCUCCCCACCCCUGCUCCUGCAGGGCACUCUGUUCUGGCAGUAUUAACCCAGCUCACCAGUGCAGGGAUCAGCAACUCUCAUGGCUGUAUGCAGGGCAAUCAUGUUACAGCCCAUGCUUCAGGAUGGGGGAAAAGGCCAAAUUUAGGGGUUUCUGGGGAAAAUAAAGAAAAAAAAGAGGGUUUGGAAUUCAGCAGUAUUAACAGCUUGAACAGUUUUCAACUAAUGGCUUGGUUUAUGUUCUUUUGUACAACUAAAAUCAAUAAAGAACUUGCCAUCUAACCAACUAAAUAAAA